AUGCCACUAAAAGAGCUCGAAACAACGCCGAUGACAAGAAUGUGGCACAGACUCUCUUCAUCCCCUCACCGUACUACGCCAAAUGAGGAGAAAAGGCAGUCCGCUAAACGGGGCGCCAGUCAUCCCUCGUCUCCUCCACGGCCGCCUAAAUAUUGGACAAAGAGAAACAGGGAUUCCUCUUCUUUUAACUACACUCAAUUCUCCCCGCCGGCUGAGGACUUACACACAGGCGGCUUCACCCCCAGCAGCACCACAGCUGAAAACGCACGUACCGUAAAGUUCUGCGAAGCUGUCAUUCCCAACCUAUCCAAGGCACCCACUAUCAAAGCCCCAGAGUCGCUGGAUUUACGCCGUCGGCCAGUUGGUCGAUCACCCUCAGCCCCCCAGCUCGGCAAUCACCAGUUAGUCGCAGCAGUAUCAAGCAGCCUGGCGCCGGUGGUGAACCGGAUCCAUGCAAUGCUACCGUCCCCGAAGGGCGGCAGAACGCGUGCCUCGGGUCAUCUGCUAGAUCAGACAGUCCUGUUGGAGGACAGCGAAGAUGAACAACAGCAUGGCAACAGUGCACUGCACCUACGUGCGUCUCGUCGGUUACGAGGACGUGGCUCAGCAGUCACCCCCUCCAAAGCAGAGCUGCGAGUGGAGGGCAGUGGGGAUGCGAAGGUGGAGACGCUCGCUGUUGGCUUCAAGCCUAGCACGAAGGCUGCAAGGUUGAGUACCGACUACACGCAAGCUCGG